GGCCUGCAUAUGCGCACUCGCCCGGAGCCGGCCGCGCUGCCAUCAUGUCCACGGCUAUGAACUUCGGGUCCAAGAGCUUCCAGCCGCGGCCCCCGGACAAGGGCAGCUUCCCGCUGGACCACUUCGGUGAGUGUAAAAGCUUCAAGGAGAAGUUCAUGCGGUGUCUCCGGGAUAAUAACUUUGAAAACGCUUCAUGCAGGAGUGCCUCCAAAGAGUAUUUGGAGUGUAGGAUGGAGAGGCAACUGAUGGCACCCGAGCCUCUGGAGAAGCUGGGCUUCCGAGACUUGACUGGACACUCAGAGGCCGGGACAGGCGUCUGACUGGGACCCUGGGUUGGACCAGCACCUGCCCGUAGUCAACCAGAGACUUCAGGGUUCUCCCCAACUCCCCUCACCUCCCGCGGGGCUCCUCCACUGGACGCCUGGCCCUCAGCCCUGUACGGCUCUGGGGAUGUGUGUGGCGUGCUGUCCGUACAUCGGCUUCCUUGAGAUCUGGCCCCUGGCCUGACCUCUGAACCCUGGCCUGCGCAUGGAUGAAGCUGAGCCUGACUCCUGGUCCCUGGCCUGUGUGUGGAUGGGGCUGAGCCCCUAGUGCCAUCAGCAUAAAAGUUCUUGAGCUCUG